AUGAAAAAAAUCUGGUCUUUACAAAAUGUGUUUGGUCACCAGUCGCUGCUGGCACUUCUGAGAAAAGUUUGUGAAGAAUCCCAAGCGCUUGAAACAAGUGGCAAAGUCUGGAGUAAAGAAGGCACAGCCUCGUUAGAGGAGGAUCAGGUUAGCAAACAUUUAAACAAAUUGGACACACACAUCUGUGGGACCCAAGGAGUACACCCAGAAGUGCUGAGGUUGAAUUUGGUUGAAUCUUUUGUGGUGGAUCCAGAGCUACGUCAGUGCCUUCAAGAAGAUCUCUUACGUCGCUUCCCAGAUCUUAACCGGCUGGCAAAGAAAUUUCAGAGACAAGCAGCAAACUUACAGGACUGUUACCGAAUGUAUCAGGCUAUUAAUCAACUGCCUAAUGUUGUACAAGCACUAGAAAAACACGAAGGAGCUCACCAGAUGUUGUUGUUGGCAGUAUUUAUAACACCUCUUAAUGAUAUCUACUCUGACUUCUCAAAGUUUCUGGAGAUGAUAGAAACAACAUUGGACAUGGAUAAGGUGGAGAAUCAUGAAUUUCUUGUCAAGGCUUCUUUUGAUCCUAAUUUAACAGAAUUAAGAGAGAAGAUGAAUGAACUGGAAGAAAAAAUGCAGUCCUUUUUAAAGAGUGCAGCCAAAGAACUAGGUUUGGAAGCUGGCAAAAGUAUCAAACUGGAAACAAAUUCACAGUUUGGACAUCACUUUCGAAUAACUUGCAAGGAGGAAAAAGUGCUCCGUAACAAUUCAAAAUAUGGAAUAGUUGAUACACAGAAGAACGGUGUGAAGUUUACUAACAGCAAACUGAGCUCCGUCAAUGAUGAAUAUAUAAAGAACAGAGAAGAGUAUGAAGAGGCUCAGGAUGCAAUUGUUAAGGAAAUCAUUAACAUUGCUUCAGGUUAUGCAGAACCAAUACAGACGAUGAAUGAUGUGAUAGCUCAAUUAGAUGCAAUUGUCAGUUUGGCUCAUGUGUCAAAUGGAGCACCAGUGCCGUAUGUACGUCCUGUCAUUCUGGAGAAGGGACAGGGAAGGAUUGUGCUGAGAGGCGCCAGGCAUCCUUGCAUCGAAGUGCAAGAUGAGGUGGCCUUCAUCCCCAAUGACGUUACGUUUGAGAAGGGCAAGCAGAUGUUCCACAUUAUUACUGGCCCGAACAUGGGAGGAAAAUCAACAUACAUCCGACAGACAGGUGUAAUUGUUCUUAUGGCCCAAAUAGGGUGUUUUGUGCCGUGUGACUCCGCAGAAAUCACCAUUGUGGAUUGUAUCCUGGCUCGCGUGGGAGCUGGAGACAGUCAGCUGAAAGGCGUGUCUACUUUCAUGGCUGAAAUGUUAGAAACUGCUUCAAUCCUUAGGACAGCAUCUGAAAACUCCCUGAUAAUCAUUGAUGAGCUGGGAAGAGGAACGUCUACCUACGAUGGCUUUGGCUUAGCAUGGGCUAUUUCAGAAUACAUUGCUAGCAAAAUCUGUGCUUUCUGUAUGUUUGCUACACAUUUUCAUGAACUGACAGCUCUUGCUGACCAAGUGCCAACAGUAAAUAACCUACAUGUCACGGCUCUGACUAGUGAUGACACACUGACGAUGCUUUAUCGCGUCAAGGAAG